GCUCGAGUCAGUUCGGAAAGCAUACAGCGGAGCGUGAAGCAGAAUAGUAUGUUCCAUCCUUUAGGUCGACAGCCAAUCAUGGGAGCCAUCUCUUGCGAGAUUACCCUCCAACAGCCGGUUUUGAAGGUGGUGUCACUCUCGACCACAUUCGGAAUCGUCCAACCGCACGUAUGGUAACCGAAGUUGCGGGAAAGCCGAAGAUUUGAGUAAAUGGUCUUGUUAUUGAGAAGAAGAGGAGGGAGCGAGGUCAAAGUCAAAGAUUUCAUCAGCCGGCAUGCCAAGGCGCGACGGGUAAACUGCGGGCCUGCCCUCUUUGCAGGACCUACCACUUCGACUUUGCGGCAGCUUGAGGUACCUUUAUCCCAUCAAACACGCAAUCGCUGCCGCUACACCACACUCUUAUUUGCUGUAUCACCAUCAUAUUCGCUUUCAGCGCCGCUUCUUACCAUAGCCCUACAGCGCAUUUACGAACUUUCGCUUGCGACGAGACGAUUGCCAGUGCCACGACCCCCAAUCCUCCCCACCCACCGCACGCAUAUACGCAUCGGAAGCCCGCAUCGCCUGUCCCGCCUCGCGCUUCCACCACGCUCGUAGACACGGCAGCCCAUUCUUGUGCGACCGGCUCCUCUUCCUGCUCCGCCCCGAGGCCUCAAUGGCCAACAAGGACACCAACGACAGCCCAUCCAACCUCUGGGCUCGCCGAUCAAACAGCAGCAAAGUUAGCCUUUCCACCACCAGGAGCGACCGCGCAGACAGCCACGCCUCACCUUCGAUCAAGCGCGGGUUCAGCUCGUCUGGCAAAAGCCCGUUUGGCUCCCUGAGCGGCAUCAGCACAUCUGGCGUGUCGUCUCCGACAGGCACGGGAGCGUCAUCCGCAUUUGGCCUUGGAAGUGGUGCAUUUGCCAGUUUUGGAGGUGGUAAGACGCCCAAAACUCCCGGGGGUACACUCGAUCCGAUAAAGGCCGCUUCUGCUAGGCAGGAUUCAGGUGACGAGGCGAAAGAGGCAUCUCGGCGUCCUGCUCCGACAUCGAAGAAGUCGCUGGGCACAUUAUCCGCAGCCGAACCGCAAAAUGCUGCGGGAGCCGAUCUCUCGGAGUCGGGUGCGGAACACCCCAUCAAAUAUGCAUGGGUAGUAUACUACAGGCCUCCAACCUCGAAAAACUCAGACUACGAAAAGUCUAUUCGACCUAUGUUCAGGAUGGAUACGAUAGAGAGCUUCUGGAAGGUAUACACACACCUCAAGCGCCCAUCGCAACUCCCGCCCGUUUCCGAUUACCACUUGUUUCGUGAGGGUAUAAGGCCAGUGUGGGAGGAUGACGAGAACAAGCAAGGCGGGAAGUUUACAAUGCGCUUGAAAAAGGGCGUGGCAGAUCGACUUUGGGAGCGCCUUGUCAUGACAAUGGUCGGUGAUCAAUUCAACGAGGCCAGUGACGAGGUCUGCGGAGCCGUCGUGAGCGUUCGACAAACGGAGGACGUCAUCUCGAUAUGGACCAAGAACAACGGCGGCAGGAAUGUCAAGAUCCGGGAGACGAUCAAGCGGGAAUUGGAGCUUCCAAUGGAUACAAACAUACUCUUCCGGUCACACGACGACUCAAUACAAUCUAGGGUUGAGGUUGAUAAGGCCAGGGCAGAGAAGACUGGUGGGCGACGCAACACGAACGACAGGCUCGAAUUCUAGAAGUCUCAGAGCCUGUCAAAAUUAUCCCCCUGCCUUGCCAGAUUCCCUUGCACGAGGUCACCCGGGCGCAGUGUCGCGAGAUUGCUGGCUCGAGGCACGAGCAUGCUUCACUAGACCUCUGCACUUUGGACUUGUGGCACCUGGUCGCCUGUUAUGACGCUCCUUACACAUUACUAGAGAACGCAUGGUCGGGAUGGCACAAGACGACUCCUCUCAUGAUGGACGAUCUGGCUACAUCGACGACAACGAUUGCAGCGGCUCGGUUUAUUGGAAGUCGAAGCGUUUCUGGGAUACGCAUCACGGUUUGUCGAGCGUAUGGAGUUGUGCGAAAACAUCAUUGUUGUACAAUAUGGAUGGGCAGACGAUUGGAUUAUGCGCGCUGCAUUUUUAGCGGACUUGAGUCAGCAAGCCAUAGAGCGCUGCUCACUGCUGUAGUACAUGUACUAUCAGGCGUCUGGCUUGGACCAGAUACAUGGCAUGUCCGUGACACUUGACAGAAGCGUACUCUCCAAAAAGCUGACAACAGAUAGGCGAUCGGCCAAACGAAGUGGACUGUAACAAGCUCCCUCGCAGCAAAGUCCAAAGUUGCAAUAAAAUAGUUGAUACCGCACCGCUAACAAGUGUACAAAUACUGACAUAGCACAUUCCUCAUUACACAUCAUCCUUUCAAUACAAUCAUGAUCCCGCACCGAUUACAACCCCGCAAGAGCAACAGCAGCCAUACCAACAGGCACCAAAACCUUAUACACCUCCUUCACCUUCCCCACAGCCAUCGAUCCCGC